GAGCAAAUCCACAGCAAAUCAUUGGUAGGUGGCCAUUUGCAAAGUCGGCACGUCUGAAAAGCUUCUGAAUUCAAAUUGCGCGGGAAUUGUUUUUUUUUUUUUUAAUAAUGAAUCUAAGGUUGCAUGCGUUUAUGUGUCAAAUGUUGUGGAUAUUAUCAGUUUUUAAUGGCCAGCCUGUGAAAGGUAUUCCUGGAUAUGGAAGAAAUUUGAUUAUUAAAGCUUUGCCUCCGAUAGAGGACUACCAGAGCAAUGUAUAUGAAGUCAUAAUGGAGCCAUAUCUCUAUGGACUCGGCGAACCGUAUCCAAUCACCGGAGAACGCAGCGAGAAGCAGAUUGACUUGGAAGGCUACAGAACGCACGGUCUUCAAGCAGUCGCCUACCUCAAAGCCGACGAAGGCUCUGGUGUAGAGGGCACACUCAUAUUCACGCAGGUGCUGCCCAACGGCCCUGUGACCAUAGAGGGGAAUGUCACGGGCCUGUCUCCAGGUCUACAUGGUCUGCAUGUGCACCAGGCUGGAUCUAUUAAGGACAAUUGUCAGGAUAUUGGACCGCAUUUUAUUGCGUAUUACGGUCGUCACGGCGGUCCCCGCGACCAGAUCCGCCACGUCGGCGACUUGGGCAACAUAAAAGCUGAAGAGAACACCCUACUGAACGUCAAGAUCGUUGACCAUUUGGUGUCUCUCGCUGGCCCCAGGUCUAUAGUAGGCAGGGCGAUCGCUGUGACCAGCAGUGAAGACGACUAUGGUAGAGCUGGUACUGAAGAUAGCGCGGUUAAUGGUACCUCUGGGCCAGCUGUCGCGUGUGGUGUUAUUGGAUAUUUGUAUUAAAGUUGAUAUUAUGACAAUGUAAACUUCUCGAUAAACAUACAGCAUCUAGUAAAACUGCGCGUUUUGGAAUUGCUUGCUCCAAAUAUUUUUGUAUAGAGCUUAAAGAGGUAUUUUUGUAUAUGCUUUUACCUAUCGAAAUACAUAGAUAUGUGAUAUAAAUUAUUUUUUCUACUCAUGCAAUUUCAAAACGAUGUAUCUCAAAGCUCUUUAUGUUAUGAAUCUUCAGAACAUUUUUUAAUAAAUAAUAGUUUGAAA